AUGGCAAUCAGAGGGUCCCACAAGACACUUGUGACCAACAACAACAACGUAAUAGAUUUUGUGGAUAUGCCACCUCAGAUAAGGAUAAGCACCCAUUGCUUCUCAUUGGUCAGUUUCCCAGCAUUUCCCUCAAAAUCUACUAAAUCAUCAAACCCCAAACCACAGCCACAAGAUCACCACUUCAAUCAAUAUUACAAAAGGAUGCACCCACAUCACACAUUUUCAACUCAUACUCACCUCUACAAACUACAAACCACCACUCCAGCGCCGGAAAAUAUGGCCGCCGUCACACAAUCUCCGGUCGCAGUCUUCCGACCAUGCGCCUCACGAACCAGGUUCCUAACAGGAUCAUCAGGGAAGUUAAACAGAGAAGUAUCACUCAAACCUGCAAACACUUUCUCAUCUGCUUCCUUCAAGAUCGAAGCCAAAAAAGGCCAAUGGCUACCGGGGUUAGCCUCACCUGGUUACCUCGACGGAAGUCUUCCAGGUGACAACGGGUUCGACCCAUUGGGUCUAGCGGAGGACCCGGAGAAUCUGAAAUGGUUCGUCCAAGCUGAGCUUGUGAACGGGAGGUGGGCCAUGUUGGGUGUCGCCGGAAUGUUACUGCCGGAGGUUUUCACUAGCAUCGGCGUACUCAACGUUCCUAAAUGGUACGACGCCGGAAAAUCAGAAUACUUCGCAUCAUCAUCAACCCUGUUGGUGAUCGAGUUCAUUCUUUUCCACUACGUCGAAAUCAGAAGAUGGCAAGACAUCAAGAACCCAGGAAGUGUAAACCAAGAUCCGAUCUUCAAAAGCUACAGUUUACCUCCUAAUGAAGUCGGGUACCCAGGUGGCAUAUUCAACCCACUCAACUUUGCACCAACCGCUGAAGCCAAGGAGAAAGAGAUUGCCAACGGGAGGUUGGCGAUGUUGGCGUUUCUAGGGUUCAUCGUUCAGCAUAAUGUCACCGGAAAAGGGCCAUUUGACAACCUAUUGCAGCACCUUUCAGACCCAUGGCAUAACACUAUUGUCCAAACACUUUCAGGAAACUAAAGAGUAUCUAUCUUCUUUUGCUUUAUUUGUAAACCAUGGGUUGUGAAUAUAAAAUAUGAGAUGG